AUUAGCGAUCGGCACGACAACUGUAUUGCUUGUUGGGAAGUGUCGAAGAGAAUACCUGUGGACAAGUGUGCUUCUGAGAGGUCCGUGUUGAGGUUUCCUUAUCUUGGUGGCACCUUUAGAGCAUUCUUACAGCAUUCUUACAGCAAUGGAGGCCCUUCAUGAGACUAUCCAGAACCAAACAAUCCAGCUAUCGAGUCUUGAUGCACAGUCGACGUCAAUUGCGAUCUCUUACGUGUUCAUCUACGAGAACACAAAGAAAUCCAAAGACUUCAUGCACACAGAGAGGCUUGCUGACAGCUUGUAUGUAGCACUGGAGCGGUUUCCGGUGUUUCUCGGACAUCUUGUUGAGAAGCAAUACGGGCUAGACCAAGUCGUCGUGGACAGAGAUAAUCUAAACUCGCCAAUGUUUGAAGAGUCGUCCAGCAAUGUGUGCUAUGGAGACAUAAGGAUGGCCAACUUCCACUGGUCUUCAUGGAAGGCAUGUCUGCCUCGCAGCCUGUCGCUGGUUGUCACGCCCGACGACAGCGGCUCGGUCAAGCUCCUGCAGGUGCAUAUAGCUCGACUUGGCAACAAUUCAGGCGUCGUUAUGGCAGUCAGCACACUGCACAGCCUGGUGGACGGAUACGGAUUCUUCCGGUUCAUCAAUGACUGGGCACGCACUUGCGCCAUGGGGUCGGAUGCACCCCUGGUCAGCUACUCGUCUGACCGCAAUAUCAUCGAACAAAACUUGCCAAAGCUGGGCAAGCCAAUCGGCCCGGUGUCGCUCAGGAUGUACGCAAAGUUCAAUGCAGUGGCUGAGUGGAUGGCGUGGACAUCCAAUGCGACGCGCGGGUGGAUGAUCAAGAGGGGCAUUGAAGCAGCAGAUGGCGAAGGGCAUUUCUUCAAGGUCACCGGUGAGUCGCUCGACAGACUGCGCGACAGCGUCAAGCAGGUGGUGGAGGGCCGUGUCUCCGACAACGACCUCCUGGCGUCGCUUGCCAGCCAUGCCAUAGCCAAGGGCCAGAAGGACGUCGAAAGUUCCGCAGGCAAGGGCAUUCUAGGCACAAUCUCCUCUGCACUGAGCACACUGGUCGGCCAGGUGCCUGGCAAUCUGCGUGCAAACGUGGUCUGUGAUGCCCGCCACCGCAUCGGCAUUGCCGACAAGAACUUUAUUGGCAACGGCCUGAUUUCGCCGGUGGCCGAGAUUCCGCUCGACAAGCUCGAGGUGGCCAUGACGGACCGUGAUCUGGCGGAGAUCACCAGGGUGAUUAGGUCGCUGGUUGACAAUGCCGAUGGGGAGUAUGUGCGCGGGUACCUGGAUGUGUGGAAGCAGCACCCGACAGCGUUCGCGAGGGCGCUGGUUGCGCUGGGAUCGGACAACCGGUUCAUCUCGAUUACUAAUCAGACGCGGUUUGGAGCCUAUGACGCGGACUUUGGCAGCGGGCGGCCGACAUGGGCAUGUCCGGCGCCCACGCUGGUGCCAAACAUCGUUUUCAUUCUCUCCAGCCCCGACUCGCACAGGGACGCGAUAGUGUACAUCACUGCCGACAAGCCGGUGAUGCAGAACAUUCUGAAGAACAGCUACUGGAUGGACAUUGCAGAGCUGAUAAACUGAGACAAAUAAAGCCUAGCUGAUGACCUUGAGCUCGCGGCCAACCUCAAUGAAAGCAUCGACAGCGUGGUUGACCUGGUCGA